GCAUCCGUUGCUCUGCAAUCGAUAAGAGAGGCUUGGUCUCCCUAGAAGCGCAUGCGCUUAACUAAGGGUGCGUUGAGAAGUACGAGAGAAUGUUGCUACACCGGCGGAUAGAAAGUACUCCUUUUCUUUUCUCUGUGCUGCGUAGCUUCCGGAUGCUGGUCGCCCGGCUUCCGGUUGUUUCUCUGCUUUUCUGUCUCUCUGAGUUCAUCCUGGUGUCCUGCUGCAAUGGUGCGGUUUCUGCAUAUCCAGAACCGGCAACGAGCCCCGCUAACUAUCUGCGGAGACUGUCCUGCUGUGCAGGCUGAAGCAUCUCCAUACUCUCUAGUUGACAUCUGCUUGAAUGCCUUGGUUGCUGACUUGAGGAAAUUUUGUACAGAAAGACCAGAUGGGUCCUUAUGCUUGAAAGAAUCUGAAAGACUUCCUCAAGAAGUGGCUGAUAGAUUACUGCAGACAAUGGCAUAUCGAGAGCUGUUGACUGAUGGGACAGUGGGCAUUUUCCGAGGCAACCAAAUGUGUUUGAAGCAAGCUUGUAUCCGCAAAGCAAAGAUCUCGGCUCAGUCCUUCCAAAAAGCUUUCUGCCAUCAUAAACUGGUAGAACUUGAUGCUGCAGGGGUGAAUGAAGCUGUUACUGUUGCAGAUGUUGUGAGUGGACUGGGCAGCAGUACAUGGAUCCAAACCAAUCUUCAGUGCCUUGUCUUAGACUCAUUAACUCUCUCCCCCACAAAUCCCUAUGAAAGGUGCUUUAGUCAGUUGUCUGGUCUUCGUUCCUUAAGCAUUACCAAUGUGCUCUUCCGCGAUGAAGAUUUAGCAGAGGUUGCUUCCCUGCCAAGAUUAGAAAGCCUGGAUAUAUCAAACACCUCUGUCACAGAUAUAACUUCACUCCUUGCCUGUAAGGAUCGACUCAAGUCUCUAAUUAUGCAUAGUUUGAAGUGUUUGAAAAUGCCUACACCAAAGUUCUUGGAUAUUAUAAGAGAGUUAAAGUAUUUGAAUCACCUUGAUAUCUCAGAUGAACAGCAUUCCACGUCGGAUAUUGCUUUUUGUUUGCUAGGACAGAAAGAUAUUCUGCCCAAUCUUGUGUCUUUGGACAUUUCCGGGUGUAAAUACAUUACUGAUGAAGCUGUAGAAGCAUUUGUCAAACAGCGGCCAACAAUGCGGUUUGUGGGGUUGCUUGGUACGGAAGCUGGAUACACAGAAUUCCUUUCAGGAGAGGGUACCUUGAAGGUAUCUGGAGGAGAAAAUGAAACCCAGAUUUUGGAAGCUUUGAAACGCUACAGUGAAAGGGCGUGCUUUGUAAAGGAAGCCUUCUUUCAUCUUUUUACUCAGACAUGUUUUAUGAGAAUUACAAAGCCUGAAAUCCUAAAGCUCGUGAUUAUUGGAAUGAGGAAUCAUCCUCUGGACUUGGCAGUACAGCUAACUGCUAGUGCCUGUGCCCUUAACUUAACUAGACAAGGCCUAGCAGCAGGCAUGCCUAUUCGUUUACUCUCUGAUGUAAUCCAGUUACUCCUCAAGGCUAUGGAAACCUUUCCUGAGCAACAGCAGCUUCAGAAGAACUGCCUUCUUUCAUUAUCCAGUGUAAGGAUCCUACAAGAUGUUCCAUUUAACAGGUUUGCAGCUGCCAAAUUUGUUGUUCAGUGGCUUUGUAAUCAGGAAAAUCAGCAUAUACAAAGAAUUGCAGUUAAUAUAAUUUCCAUCCUAGCACUUAAGCUUUCAGAUGAGCAAGCAGCACAACUCACUGCAGAGUUCUACAUUGUUGUUGGGAAACUUCUUGAAAUAGUUGAACAGAAAACAAAUCAGAAUGAAUUGGAUACGACCUUCCAUUUUACACUCAGUGCACUUUGGAAUCUUACAGACGAGGCUCCAACUACAUGUAGGCACUUCAUUGACAAUAAAGGAUUGGAGCUUUUCAUGAGAGUUUUAAAGUCUUUCCCAUCUGACUCUUCUACACAACAUAAAGUUCUUGGCCUCCUGAACAAUGUAGCAGAAGUAAGAGAGCUGCAUCCCAAGUUAAUGCAGAAAGACUUCAUAGAGCACAUCUCUGAAUUGUUGAGCAGCGUUGAGAUGGAAGUUAGCUACUUUUCAGCUGGGAUUAUUGCUAAUUUACUAUCCAAAGGUGAACAAGCUUGGACACUGAGUCAAACCCAAAGAAGAUCCCUUAUUGAAAAACUGCACUCAGCCUUGUUGAAGUGGCCAACGCCAGAAUGCAAGAUGGUAGCACUGCCAGCCUAUAGAUCCCUCAAGCCUUUCUACCCUUUGCUUGACUGCUUUGCGUUACCUGGAAUACAGAUUUGGGCAGCAUGGGCUAUCCUGCACAUCUGUUGCAAAACACCUGCCAGAUAUUGUGCUAUGUUGCUGGAAGAGAAUGGACUACAGCACUUGCAUAAUAUCAAAGAAAAUGACCAGAGUGAUCCAGAUGUCCAGUAUCUAACAACUGAAAUACUAGCUUAUAUGGAUACUCAUCUGCUGUAUUAUGGGAAACCUAAACACUUGAAGGAGCUACAAGCCAAAUCAAAUGGAUAACUGAGGGCACAGCUGUAACGUCAACCUGUGAUUUUUCAGAAGCUGUGCUUCUGGUGAUGACUUAUCCUUUCACAGGCAUCGCUGAUCAACUUGGUCCUUAGUAAGAUUACUGCUGUCUACAACUGAGGAUGCUUGUAUGGCAUCUCUGACUGGAAUUCAAGUAGAUCUAAUUUGUAACUUGCCUUCUGACAAGGGAAACACCAUCCUUUCAAUGUUCCCCCGCUUGCAAGUCACUUUGAGGGACUCACGCAGGACUUAAGCUGGAGUCUGUCUGCACAUCACUAGCUUUGUGUGAUGACUGACAAAGAAGUCAAGGACAGCACAAAUGGAGGCUUUAAAGCAUUUGUGCUCCUGUCUAAUCUGUCGACCAUAUUGUCAGUUCAGUUUGUUCAUGCCACCAGCAGUGAAGCAAUGCUGUCUCUUGCAUACGCAUCCUAAGGAGGACAAACUUUAAGGUGGGAGCCGGGAGGGAAAAGAUAGUGUUGAUGCUCCUGGGAAAGGGAACUUUCAUUUGUUCUAAUACAGGGCACAUAAAAUAUUGGAUUAGUCUCCAACAGUUCCUUGUGUCAGUCAGUUUUCAUGAGGUGCUUGCACAUACUUGUAUGUGAGGCAACUGUGCAUGUGCUAGUCAGUUGCACUGUAUAUAGCCAGCAGGCCUUCUGAACUACAUUGUUUUGGGAAUGUACAUAUAAACUAUUUUUGUACUUGGAAGGGGGGAUAUAUUUCAAGUGCUUCUAGGCGUUAUUGUAAAAAAUAAAAGGCAUGUCCAAAGAUGGCACUUAA